UUUCUCUCGUUUGAACUCUAGCAUAUCCGCCUCUUUCUCUACUAAAGAAUUUUUUCUUAGAAAAAAAAAGAAAUGGCUGACCAACUUACCGAGGAACAAAUUGCUGAAUUCAAGGAGGCGUUCUCCUUAUUCGAUAAGGAUGGAGAUGGCACCAUCACCACCAAGGAACUCGGUACCGUCAUGCGUUCUCUCAAUCUCAACCCUACUGAAGCCGAACUUCAGGAUAUGGUCAAUGAGGUCGACAGUGAUGGCAACGGAACUAUCGAUUUCAGCGAGUUCUUGACCAUGCUCGCUAGAAAGAUGAAGGACACUGACUCCCAGGAAGAGAUCCAGGAGGCCUUCAAGGUGUUUGACAAGGAUGGCAACGGUUACAUCUCUGCUGCCGAACUUCGUCAUGUCAUGACUUCUCUUGGUGAGAAGUUGACUGAAGAAGAAGUCGAUGAGAUGAUUCGUGAGGCUGAUGUUGACGGUGAUGGUCAGAUCAACUAUGAAGAGUUUGUCAAGAUGAUGAUGUCAAAGUAAACCAUUUUUUUUAACAAAAAAAAAUGAAAGGAAUAUGUUCUUGUGUGCGCGUCUAAAUUUUUUGUCUGUGUAUGUUUUUGCGUGUGCAUGUACGUAUUUGUGUGUUUUUGUUGUUUGUUUGUGUUUGUGUUUGUGUUUGUGUGUCUACCUCUUCUUCUUUAAAUCGAAUUCUUUCUCUUCAUUUUUUUUCUACCAAGAUAUCAAAUAAAUUUCUUUUAAAAACAUACAGAUAUAACU